AAAAUUUUUAAAUGUUGUAAAAUUUUAAAUGUGAUAAAUAAAACUGAAAAUGAUUUAAUUCUUGACUUUUCUCGAAUUAAUAAUCAAAUAAAUCUAGAAAGAGAAAUUGAAAAUCAAGCUGAAACAACUAGUGAUAAUGAAAAAGAAAAUGGUAAAAAAAAUAGUGAAGACAAUGAAGAAGAAAAUGGUAAAGAGAAAGACAGUAAAGAGGAAGACAGUGAAGAAGAAGAUAGUAAAGACAAUAAUGAAAAAGACAAUAAAGAUAAUAAAGCAGUCAAUUAUAAUGAUAAAGAUAAUAAUAUACAUAAAAGCUCUUUUGUAUAUAUUGAUUAUUAUAAAAAAAAUGAGGAUGCCAAUAUUAUUCAAGAUUGGAAUUAG